CACCUCCAUCUCAGCUCCCGUUGCUGCUCAACCUGUCAUCUCCCCUCUACGUCAACACUACUUCUGUAACCUUCCCUCUUCUUCCCGACCACCAUCUCUCGCUACCUGCGUCCUUCUUUAUUUCGUCCCGAUUUUAAACCUUUCUCAACCACUUAACCAUGGACGAAUACUCUGACGAUAUCACGGCUGAGGAUUGCUGGCAAGUUAUUUCCGCAUUUUUUGACCGGAAGGGCUUGGUUUCACAGCAGCUUGAUUCCUUCGAUGAAUUCGUUGGCACCACGAUGGUGGAGAUGAUCGAUGAGGAUUCCCUUUUAACACUCGAUCAGAACACUCCUCAGAGCGACGAUGGCAUUGUUUUACGGAGAUACGAAAUCAUGUUUGGACCUUGUUACUUAUCCCGACCCACCAUGACUGAAGGCGAUGGUUCAACACAGCCUAUGUUACCUCAGGAGGCAAGAUUACGAAACCUUACGUAUUCAGCACCAAUGUACUGCGAGCUUAAAAAGAAGGUUAUGGCCAGGGUCAGGUAUGAAUGGGAUAUUGAAGAGGAAGAUGAGGGGGCAACCAAAGUCUUCAUUGGCAAAAUGCCGGUCAUGCUCAAAUCGCAUCUCAAUGAAUGCCCUUACGACCAAGGUGGUUACUUCGUUAUCAACGGGUCAGAGAAAGUCCUCAUUGCCCAGGAGCGGAGUGCCGCCAAUAUUGUACAGGUGUUCAAGAAAGCGCUACCUUCACCAACACCAUACGUGGCUGAGAUUCGAAGCGCAGUGGAGAAAGGAUCACGGCUCAUUAGUAGCAUGCAGAUCAAGUUGUUUUCAAAGGGAGAGGCACGAGGCGGGUACAAUGCGACCAUCAAAUCGACCCUUCCGUAUAUCAAGAGCGAUAUACCCAUCGUUAUUGUUUUUCGUGCUCUCGGCGUUGUAUCAGAUGAGGACAUUUUAAACCACGUCUGCUACGAUCGUAACGACACGCAGAUGCUUGAAAUGAUGAAGCCCUGUAUUGAGGAAGCGUUUGUUAUCCAGGACAGGGAGGUUGCUCUUGAUUUUAUCGGCAAGCGUGGAUCCUCACAGGGAAUUAAUAAAGAAAAGCGUAUCCGGUAUGCACGUGACAUCAUGCAGAAGGAGUUGUUGCCUCAUAUCUCACAGGAAGAGGGGAGUGAGACGAGGAAGGCUUUCUUUUUGGGCUACAUGGUACAUAGGAUGCUGCAAUGUGCUCUAGAACGCCGGGAAGUGGACGACCGUGAUCACUUUGGAAAAAAGAGGUUGGAUUUGGCUGGGCCCCUUUUGGCAGGACUUUUCCGGACUCUUUGGAGAAAACUCACGAAGGAUGUCUACAAAUAUCUGGAGAAAUGCGUUGAAACUAGCAAAGAUUUCAAUCUGACUUUGGCUGUCAAGUCUAACACUAUCACCAAUGGCUUAAAAUAUUCCUUGGCAACGGGUAACUGGGGCGAACAAAAGAAAGCAGCCUCUUCCAAGGCGGGUGUGUCUCAGGUGCUGAACCGGUAUACCUUUGCCUCUACCCUCUCUCAUCUACGGCGCACCAAUACUCCUAUUGGAAGGGAUGGGAAAAUCGCAAAGCCCCGCCAGUUGCACAAUACCCAUUGGGGACUGGUUUGCCCAGCCGAAACACCUGAAGGGCAAGCCUGCGGCCUUGUAAAAAACCUGUCUCUGAUGUCUUAUAUUACGAUUGGCACUCCCGGAUACCCCUUGGUUGACUUUUUGUCGUCCAAUGAUAUGGAGCUGCUUGAAGAAUAUGAGCCUCAGCGGUCUCCCAAUGCUACUAAGGUUUUUGUUAACGGGGUCUGGGUCGGAACCCAUCGCGAUCCCCUCAUGUUAGCGAAGGUCGUUCAAGAUGUGCGAAGGCAAGGUGUUGUCAGCCACGAAGUUAGCAUCUUUACAGAUGCCGGGCGGGUUUGCCGUCCGCUUUUCGUUAUAGACAACGACCCUCGCAAGGAAGAAGAAGGUGUUAUGAUUGUUAUGACACCUGAGGAUCUCGAUUUGUCAAGACAGGCGCCGAUCAAUUCUACGACUCACACCUGGACACAUUGCGAGAUUCAUCCAAUAUUAUUCCGUUCCCCGACCAUAAUCAGUCACCCCGUAAUACUUAUCAAUCCGCAAUGGGUAAGCAAGCCAUGGGUGUCUUCUUGA